AUGCUAACUACCUCCAGGACUCGGCGAAUUCGCCCCGCUGAGUCCCAAACUGCGCCGACGGCCCCUCCGCGCCAAUUGCCGGCACCAAAGGAGUCGAACGCGGCCCCAGCCGGAAUGGACACUCUGGCGGCAAUCGGUCAGCAAGGAUCGCCGAGAGGCCCGCUGGGCUUAUAUAUCGAGCGGGAGAAGCGCGCUGACGUGGAAAGCAAGUCCUACAUCGCGCAGAUCGCCAUAAAUUCGGUCGAGACCGCCUCUCCUCUGUCCCUCAACCCCAAAUCCGACCGAACGCACCAUCUCCGCCCUCGAUGUCCAUGUGGCGGGCACCACAAAGUGCCGGCGAGUGCCGUGUAG